UUUUUUUCCAACAACAAUCCAAAAAAAAAAAAAUCUUUGACGUUGUCUCUCCUGCUUUUGGUUGAAAUAACUCAACCUAUCACGCCUACAGUUUCUGUUAAAUUGACAGUGAAAUAGGUUAUAAAAGCAGUCUGGGCCAACAGAGUCGUUGCAUAUGGAGGUAGAGGAGAUGGAAGAUGAAGGACCUUCGACCCAGAGUGAACCUCCACACAGUGAAGAUCUCCAGUUGGAACAGCAGGAAUCACUGCAUCUGGAGAGCUUAGCCCCUGCAGAGAACGUGUUUGUGGAUAAGAAAGCUGUGGAUAAACUCACAGAGGGAUUACUCUCACACUACCUACCAGAUCUACAGAACUCUAAACGGGCCCUCCAAGAGCUCACACAAAAUCAGCUGAUAUUGUUAGACACAAUGGACCAAGAAGUCACCAAGUUCAGGGAAUGCAAUGCCUUACUGGACCUCAAUUCACUGUUUACAGAGGCCAAGGUUUACCACAAUAAACUGGUGAACAUUAGGAAAGAGAUGAUUAUGCUUCACGAAAAAACAACUAAACUGAAGAAAAGAGCUUUGAAGCUGCAGCAACAGAAGCAGAAGGAAGCGCUGGAGAAGGAGCAGCAACGUGAGAAGGAGCUUGAGAGAGAGAGGCAGCUUAUUGCCAAACCUGCGAAAAGAACGUAGGAUCCCCAAGUAUGUCUGUCUGCUAUAUUAAUGGACCAUGCAGGUGCUUUAGCCUAUUUAUUACAUAUCAACUAUUCGUUAAAAUUACUGCUGACCAUUUUCCAAAGUGCAAAUAUUUUAGAUUUUUUUUAAUAAAGAUUAUUUCUUGGCCUUUUUUAGGCCUUUAUUAUUUAUUUAUUUUUAAAUACAGGAGAGAAUCAAAGUGAGGGCAAAGGAAGGAGAGAUGAGAUACAGCUAAGAUUUCCAACCAGAUCCAGGCAGCCAUUCAUUUUGGUAUUGUAUUACAAUCUACUUAAAACGUGCCUAAUACACGUAAUUUAUCACGCUGAAUAUUAUGUAGUAGACAUGAUUUUUACAGUGCUUUAUUGCCUAUCUCAAGCAGGUUUCUUGUCUCAGUGGGUUUUUUAAAGUACAGACCAUUUUAAUUGGAAUUGUGGUGUUAGAAAUCAACUUCAGUCCCAUCUGUUUACCACCUACUAAAAUACUUUUGUUUUUAUUCUGGGGGACAAUUUAUGCUUAGAAAUUGUAUGAAGUUGUUAAACUAGGACUGAGAUUGGCUUUAAACAUUUGGAUUGUCUUUGUUUCCGACAAUAUUAUAGAAAAGACUGUAAUGUGAUGUUUGACUUCAGAGACAUGAAUUGUUAUCUGGUAACUUGACUCCCGUUGUCCCCUCACUUGUAUGAUGACACACACCCAUCUUUAUACCUACACUGCAGUAGGAAAUGAGAAUUGUUUAAUUUGAAAGUGUGAAACCGUCUUUAUUGAAAGAAAUGGAUAGGGAGAACUUCAUUCAAAAACUACGAGACUGUACUCUGCUUUGGGAAAUGGUUCAUUUAUAAUAGACAGUAUAUGUGAUUGUUAGUAAAUGGGCUAAAACGUACAAAAGGUGUGGUAUGAUCCUUUAGGUCGGACAUUGCCAAGUUCACCACAAACCAAAGACAUGGACUAAAUCAUCAAAUGCUGGUACUUCCCACCAGGAGAAUCAAUGUGUAUGCUGUCUUUUGCUAAAGAUAAAGUGUUAAUAUAUGUUGUUCCUGGGCCUCAUGCCCUGUUAGUGUUGAAUGUUAUAAAAAAGGUAUGUUGUUUCAAUAGGUCUGCACUAAACUUAACUGACAGUAUUUCUGGGGUUCAGAUGAUAUGAUAAUGGAUGUUAAUAUGUACCAAACUUUGCCCCCGCCAAACACAACAUCUGUAAAUUUGUUUAACAGACCUUUCAAGAGGCUUCUAUGCACUAGUUAGACCUGAAACUCCACUGUUUGUACAGUUAGUAAUAAAAGCAACUCAAACUGG